GCUCUCUAUGGAUCUUCAAGUUACAGUGUAAUUCUACACCGCCCUCUGUGGAUCCUCGAAUAGGCCAGGGUAGGGCGCAGCUCGGCGGAGCUAAAGCCUGAAGAGAAAUAGGCUAGAGAGAAAUGAUUAUAACCUACUUCUGUUUCUGGAACAUCUUUAGGUCUCCGUCGCAUUAAACACAUCGGCAGUGUGUUGUGAAACAGUCGGUUAUACGGCUAUGCCCAAAGAAGCGAUGGGAGAUGGCAGGUUCAGGUAAACCGAUCUGUGUUGUAUCCACAAUUGCCCCAGUGAGAAUAACACGGCUACUGAUACCCGCCUCCUUCACCCGCCGGUAAUCAUCUGCCUAACAUCGUCUUGGCCCAGAUGGACAGCGCUUUGAGAGCUUAAAUCUGACCGAAGUCUUUAGGAAACAGUGGAGAAACAGGGGCCAGUCACUGUGGGGCAGCCGCCGGCAUGUCUCUUUCAACGGUAUUAGCAAAGGCUUUAUUCGACAAUGCAGCCGAGAGCCCGGAGGAGCUGGCGUUCAGGAAGGGGGACAUCCUGAUGGUCCUUGAGCAGGAGCAGGAAGGAGGCCCUGGCUGGUGGCUAUGUUCACUGCAUGGAAGGCAGGGCAUUGCCCCUGCUAACCGCCUCCGCCUCCUCCAAACAGCUGCCCCCAUUAACACAGGCAUGGACACCUGUCGUGCCCCAAGUAUGGACUCUGUCAACAUCACUCCCAGGCAGCAGGCUGCCCGUGGCAACACACUUGGCUCUGAUGACGGGGUCUAUCUGUCCCCCCACAGCAUGGCUGAGGGACUGUACCAGAGCCCAGGGGCCAGUUCUGCCCCCAGGGCUGGGGAGAUGUGGCAUAUGGAUGGAGGGCGCCCCCGCUCUCACUCCAGUUCUGGGGCACACUCGAGGCCUGAGCGGGAUAUUGCCAUGGUGAGUCGGCCAAGGUCUCCCUCUGUGAGGGGUCGUGGUGUUGAGACAGACUCCUUAUACCAGACUCCCAAUGGGCUGUCACCCUUGACAGUCCAGUACCACAGAUCCCAGGAAGUCUUAUCAUCGGAAUCUGUGUACCUGACACCCAGUGCAGUUCCAAGGGCUGGCGUGGCCCCUGAUGCCCAAGGGGAGACCACAUUUUUAAUGCAACGGGAGUCAGGUGGGCAGGGGAAUUCCGAGGGCUGUUACCUGGUCCCUAGAGUUGCAACAACUGCCAUGUCCAAUGAAGACUUGUAUCAAACCCCGACUAAUGGUGUUGCAGUGGCAGUACCCACCCCGGGUGCAUCCGGUCUCUCUGUUUCGCCUCUCACAAAAGUGAGCCAGGAGACUCCAAGCAUGUACCAAACACCAACUCCCCCCGGAGGACCCCGGACCUCCCCCAAGGAACCUAACCUUCCCAACUCUUCUUCUGCUUCAGCAUCAGGACCUAACCACAAACUUUCCCCUGCCACUGCCAAUAGCUCCCCAAGACCUCAAACAAAGGGCGUCUCCAAAGACCCAGACAACCUGGGAGUGCCUUCCACCCCUCCAGGAGCCCGAGGAAAACUGGCUGCAGGAGGUAGAGGGUCCCCUUUGCUGGUACGAAUUGGGAAAGGUGGCAUUCCGGGAUCUCCGAAUUUCGGGAGGAAACCCCCUCCCCCUGCUCCCCCAGUCAGAGGUGUUACCAAGAAGAAUACAACACCCCCCACACCUGCCCCAAAACCUGCUCUCCCAGCAGGUCUGGCUUUCUCGAAACAGCCUCGAGAGGUGGAUGAAGGACAUAAAAUGGUUCCAGUAACCAGAGAUGAAAACAUCAAAGAAGGAAAUAUGCAGGACAAGUCAAGAAUGAAGGAUCCAGAGGUCCAGAUGGUGACUACAAAGGUCGACAAUAAAGCACAACAAGAUUCGGAGAGUGAUAAACUCGAGGAUCAGGUUUAUGAUACCCCUCCAACCAAUCGAUGGCAGCAAGCCCCAUUAGCAACAUGUGAUGAUGAGGAUGACAACAUCUACAAUACUCCGAGAGCUGUUCCUCUUAAUAUUGGUUUUGACCAAGAGUCAGAGAUCUAUGAUGUCCCCACUCACACUCUUAACCCUGCGGUAGAGCCCCAGCAUGAGACCUAUAAUGUUCCAGCAUCCCUUCCCAUUGCAAGUGAGGUGGAGGAGGAUGAAGAGGAUGUUUACAGUGUCCCAAGCCUUCCUGGUCAACCUGUGGUCCCUGCAGAGCCAGAAGAGGGAGCUGGCCAUUCUCAGGUCUACUCGAUCCCCAGCCCUGGCAAAUCGGAUGCCGACAGAGUCCAGCACAGCAACUGUUCACUUGAGGAAUCCGAGCCAGAUGGUGGGAUCUAUGACAUGCCUUCUAUGACCUUGGAUAUUCCAGCUACCUCUUCGGUCCGCCGCCUUUCUGUCUCCAGUACAGGCUCAGGGGACGUUCAGUGGAGAACCUCCAUUUCCACCCUCAUUCAGUCAGCGUGGAGCGUCACCUCCUCAGCUCCAGCGAGAGAGUUAGCGGCCUCGUUGGCUGAGAUCUUGUCUGUUUGGAAAACAAGCCAUGCAGGCGAUGCCCCCCCACCCCUCCAGCAGGCUUGGUCCCGCCUCUCUGAAGCGAUGCCUGCUUUGGCCAUGUGUGGAAAUGGACCUCCGACGGAGGCCCUGCGUGGCUUGGUACGAUGUGCCCUGGAGGAUGCCACUCUGCUUUUGCAGAGUCAGGUACGACCACGUCUCCCCUCCCAGGAGUCUCUGUCACGUAGGCCCUUACCAGCUCUUCCAGUGUCUGACGCACAGCACAUAGGCUCGGGUAUGGGCUCACGGAAAGGUAGUUGGAUCCAGGAGAGGCCUCUUCCUCCUCCACCUCCUCCAGCAUUCCCUUUGCCCCCACCACCGGCGUCUCUGCCACCCUCCAUUGGAAGGAGCGAAGAGGAUGACGAGCUGGGAAAUGAAUAUGCAGGAAUUGGGCUGACGCCUGCACCACCUACGUUGCCUGUGGGCGACAGUGUGGGAUAUGUGAAGUUACAGGGGAUGCCAGAGCCCCCUGCAGAUGCUCAGUUCCAGACAGAGAACAAUUCCAGCCAGGUGAUCCCCACUGCUGAGACAAGGGUAAAGGCACAUUGUCAACUCAGUCCAUCUCCGCCUCUCCCGGGAACGCUCUCUCUCGAGGAUUCUGAGCUGCUGUCCUUCUACUCAUCCCAGAGUCUGUCACAUCUCUCUUGCCUGGCUGACUCCAUUGAGGCUCUGUUUACCAGUGUUCAGGGGAACCAGCCACCACGUGUCUUUGUUUCCCGAGGGAAGAGUCUGAUUGUAACUGCUCAUAAACUUGUCUUCAUUGGGGAUACCCUUUCUCGUCUCCUCAGUUCCUCUGACCUUAAAGCAAAGGUUACCACAUCAGGAGCAAGGCUUUGUCAGGCCUUAAAAACUGUAGUCGUGGCAACAAAAGGGGCAGCACAGAACUACCCAUCAGUCCCGGCAACGCAGGAAAUGGUGGACCGUGUGGCGGAGCUAUCCCAGCAUGCUGCUGGUUUUGCAGGGCUCCUCCAACGCCUUGCAGAAAUAUCCUGAUGUCAUCUUAUUUACCCCACCCCAAAAUACCGUUCCACAAAAUGCCUUAAUUGUAUUUUUAACUUCUAUUUUGAUUGUCUGAUUUGUUUUGGGAGCAUAUGUGCCAUUGACAUCACAGUUUGUGUUUCAUUGACUUGGUUAAGACCAGUGCCACAAACAAGAGAGACUGUAUGAGUAUGUGUGUGUUUGUGUGCGUGAGUGUGUCUGUGGCUUUCGUUUACAUGUCUUCAGUGCCAAGCACACUUGUCCUGUGUGACGUUAUAACUUAUUGGUGUUUGAUAUUGGAUUUUUUUUGGACUGUGUUGAAGCUUAGUGUGUAAUGGGUCUUUUUCAUUUUUUCAGUGGUUUCAGCUCAGUGGUUUUCAUUGAUGCCACCCUGAUUUUUGUGUAGUCGUUGGCGUUUGUUUUUAAUGGCAUUGAGUGGUACUAAGUGAUCUGUGAAGUGUUUCACUUUGAUGACAGUUUUUGAGUUUUGAGUGGGAGGGAAUCAGUGUUGUCUUCACAGACAGGUGUGGUACUGGUAUUGUAACAUAACAUUGGGAUAAAUCACAGGACUCCCCCCUCCCCCUUCUUCCCUGAGAGAUAGAACACGAGUGAGCACACUGUGAGUAAACUGUAGGCUACUCACAGCCUAAUUACAGGAAUAAGUAUGUCAGAAGAAAGUUAUAAGACAGACUUGCCCACCAGUUUCAAUGUGUCCAGGGACAGUGAACUCAGGCAGUCAGCCUGUAUGCUCAGUCCUGUGCAUCAGUUGUUUACUUUUUUUACCCUAUCUCUCACUUUCCUUAUCUACUCUAUAUGUGCUCUGUCCUCAGCUUACUCAGCAUCACAUGCAGGUUGAGACAUGUUGUUUCAGUUUCUUUCCCACGACAGUUUGUUUCCCACAGGGAGUGGUGGUGCGUGAGAACAAGGAACUCUCAUUCACAUUUAACUCUCCUAUUGCUUGGGAAUAUCUCAUGUUAUUUACAUGUUCUGGGGAAUUUAUGCCUUAUGUCUUUUCCCCUUAAAUUCUUUCUCCUGAGUCCCACUGUACCAGUCUCUCUCUCUCCUGUGCAAUUCCUAUAAGCUACCAGCCAUCCUUACCUUCUCUCAUGCUUCACUAAAUGCCAAAUAUAUAUCAGAGUUACGAGAACUUGCAUGCAGGUUGUUGACUGACCAACCUUACAGAGUAUAGCCUACUACAACUUGGAACUGGUCUUGGUCUCAGAUUGUGAAUUGAGCACCACCCAAUGGGACAUAGCAGUAUUACUCAUUAUCACAGUAUGUAUAUUUUUAUGUAAUAGAGGUGGCAGUUUGACAAAAUGGUUGACAAGAGCAGACCAUAAACCACUUCAUAAGAAAGCCUUAUUGUGUUUAUCAAAGUCUGAACGUAACUAUAAUUUCAUUGGCUAUUAUGUUUCUUCUGCUCCAUGAUUAUGAAAUGUUUGCAUGGCUUUAUGUAACUCUUUUCAUAUAGCCCAUAAACACGUUAAUCUGGGGUGUUUAAACACCGCUUAUUUUAUUAAACCAGUAUAUCAUCAACUCUUUUAAAUAAUAUUUGUAUCAGAAUGUAUUUUUGACAGCUCUUGUUCAGACUGCUCUGGGACCUACCUGUUAGAUCACUUGGUGUGGUCCAAACAUGUCUUUUUUCUUUUGAAAUACAUGGUAAAAACUCUAA